GCUUGCUUCGUACUGCUGACUCUGUGCUAUUUCGCUGUUACCUGCUUUCUUCUCGCGCACGCCGCCAUAUUUCGACAGUUACGGGAACGUCAAGAUGGCCGGCCAGGACGAGAACGAUGUUAUCGCAACGCUUACUGGCUUCUCUCUGAACAAUGUGCUAAGUGGUCUUGACCUGCCAACUGGACCAGGACUCUCGAACCAGCUAGGCAUCUCUGGUGUACCGGCUCUGAGUGCCAAACAGAUAUACAACGACAGAUGGGACGGAGAGGAGGAAGAGGCUGUUGGGCCUGGUGAAGGAGAGGACUGGGAGGAUGAAGUUGACCGAGAACUGGCGGAGGAAGACUCGGACCCGGAGGAACAGGUGAAGAUGGAGAUCCAAUCCCCCGUACACAUGGGUCCUCGGGAAAAGCGGAAACGCGUCAUUCGUAGGCUCGUAGAGCGUCCCAAGACUGUCUACGAACGGUUUCCUACGUUUGAGAAAGACAAGAUGCUGGACUUCACGGAACUCUUCAAGGGUGUCACCGUCCACAAGUCGCGAAUAUCGAAGCGGCCGUUCAACGUCGAGUCGGUGUACCCCAAGAAGAAGGAGAUCCCUAAGAAUUUUCUACAAUCAAUAGUGGGAGACACCGAACGCCAAGUAGAGAGCAAGCGGGUGCAGGAGGUAGUCGCGUCUGGAGACGUUGAGCAUGAUCUCAUGCGCGCCCUACAAGCGCGAGAGAAGUCCGGCAAUCAAGCCUCCCAACCAGCAUUGGACCAGCGGUCCUUCUUCUUGGUGAACAUAGCCAAUUGGGAGGACCAGAUCGUGUGGGACCCAGAUGUGGAAGCACCGCCGCUCGCCGCUGCCCCUCAGAACGACUUGAACACGCCCUUGAACAAGGCGCUGGAGGAGGGCAGUUGGACACAGAGCAUCAUCUGGGGUCCACGGGAACCAUUCAGAGACUUCACGCAGCUGGAGUUGCACGAGCAGGAAGCCGCUGAGGAAAGGCCGGCAGUACAAGACGUUGCCCGCCCCAGGAAACGCAUGCGUACCGAUACGCAACCACGCGACAAGUUCAAUAUCUCGAACGAUCAGUUCUACGAAGUCUCCAAGGAUGGAGGACGACAUCGUGUGCGGCAGACCUUUGGUCAGCUUGUCGUGGAGCAUGCAUAUCCCGCUCAGAAACUGCAGUUGCCUUUCUACAAGACACGCCUAUCAAAGCAGGAGGCUCGUUCCUUCCAUCGAACCGCCCUACAGUUCCCGUCGAAUAUCGAGAUCCACUUCAGCAAAGUCCGUACAGCGAAGAAGAAGAAGGACAGGGCGGGUCGCAAGGUCGGCAAGGGCGGCGACAUUGGCGAGGGUUUGCACCGCACAGGCGAUCUCAGCUUACGGGACACCAGCAACUUCGUUCUGUGGGAGUUCUCUGAGGAGCAUCCUCCCAUCAUUUCGAACUUCGGUAUGGGCAGUAUUUUGGUAAACUACUACCGCAAGAAGAAUGAGAAGGACGACCAUGUACCUAAGUCCGACUUGGGGGAGCCUAUCGUGAUCGAACCGCAAGACGAGAGUCCAUUCAUGAAGUUUGGCUAUGUGUACCCUGGGCAAACUGUCCCCGCCCUGUACAACAAUCUUAUGCGUGCUCCGCUAUUCCGUCACAAAUCAUAUCCUACAGAUUUCCUUGUCAUUCGGACGACGGUCAAGGGAGAGUCCAAGUACUACAUUCGCGAGAUCGGUAACCUGUUCGCUGUCGGCCAAACGUACCCGGUCACAGAGGUCCCUGGGCCACAUUCCCGGAAGAUCACAAACACUAUCAAGCUACGACUGCAAAUCAUUGCAUUUAAGCUCCUCGAGAAGAGCUCCGAGAAGCGUUUGAAGAUUUCUCGCUUGAUGAAGUACUUUCCCGACCAGAACGAGCUGCAGAUGCGGCAGCGGCUCAAAGAAUUCAUGGAGUACCACCGGCGCGGACCACAUCAAGGUUUCUGGCGCCUGAAGGGGAACUGGACUAUCCCGUCCGAUGCGGACAUGCUGAAGAUGGUGACCCCAGAGCAGGUCGUCCUCUCCGAAAGCAUGCAAGUUGGCCAGCGCCACCUGCAAGACUCCGGCUACAGCUUCAACGGCGAGGUAGCGGAGGAGGACGAGGGCAACCUCUCCAUCGAGCAGCAGCUCGCGCCGUGGAUCACGACGAAGAACUUCCUCUUCGCCACGCAGGCCAAAGCGAUGCUCAAGCUCCACGGCGAGGGCGACCCGACCGGGCGCGGGGAGGCGUUCAGCUUCAUCCGUGUCUCCAUGAAGGACAUCUUCGUCAAGGCCGGGGAGGACUACGAGCAGAAGCUCGCGGAGGCCGAGAGCCGGCCCAAGUCCGCGCAUCGAUACAACGUCGCCGAGCAGCAGCAGAUCUACAAGUCCGAGAUCGAGCGUAUCUGGAAGGCGCAGUUCGACUCGCUCAGCCGCAAGGACGAGCCGGAGCUCACCGCCGAGGAGCGCGCCGCCGGGCGCGAGAUAGACAAGGACAACAAGCGCAUGCAGCGGCGGCAGUCGAUGGGGUACACCCCCGCGCACUCGCCACCAGAGACUCCUGGGACGCUGGGCCCGAUUUCCCCGACGUACAGCCGCGGGUCGUCCCUCGCACGGGAGCGCGAGAUGAGCCUCGGGCCAGACGCACAGCGGCGAGUGCUGCGCAUCAAGCGCUUCGUCGACGGCGAGUGGAAGCUGGAGAUUGUGCGCGACCCGUCGGUCAUUACCGCGUACCUCAAGAAGCGCCAGGCGAUCGAGGAGGAGAACAUGACGGCGGAUGCACUCGCACCGACUGGCGACGCCGAGCGCGACAGGCGUGCGAGGAAGAGGAUCGAGGAGGAGAUUGCACGGAUGAAGAAGAACCAGGAGCGGCGGCUGCAUCGGAAGAAUGCGAAGAUCGUCAAAGAGGGCGGCACCCCGCUGCAGCUCAACCGUCCGAUCAAGCCCGACACCACACGCCGCUGCGGUCACUGCGGGCAGAUGGGCCAUAUGAAAACGAACCGGAAGUGUCCGCGCUGGGCGGAGUUCAAUCAGGGCACACCCCCGCUCCCGACGCCGUCCGCGUCUUCCCCGCCCGCGACGUCCCCCACCAGCACAUCGGGCGGCUUCUCGUUCGGGGGCGCGCAGGACAGCCUGUACUCGCCUGGAGCGUCGGGCUCGUUGCGUCCUGGGCCGUUCCCGGGCACACAUGGUCCGUCGCCGCUCGCAACGAGCCCACCGAUGAUGCCGGCGGACGACGACGACGACGAUGAGGACGUGCCCGCGACGCCCUCGGGAGCACCCAAGAUCAAGCUGAUGCUCAAGAAGUCGUAGGUCCGAUGUCGUACGCACUGCGGACUCCGCUGGGAUUUAUUCUGGUCGCUUUGGACGGUAAUUAUGUAUUAUAGAGUCGGGCGUAUCGUGCCCAUGUAUCUGUAGUACUUAUUCGCAUGCUUGUAAUCGACCUGCUUCGACAGCGUCCACU